UUAAUGGUCUGAAUAAUAAUAAACCAGUUGAUAAAGUUAUUAGUCAGUUUGAAAAUGUUUUAUUUGCUGAAUCUGAACCUGAAUUUAAUAGAAAAAUUCAAACUACUUUGCUCAAAAUUAAAGAUUUGAAUGAAACUAAGGUUGCUACAGCGUUUACUGCUUUAAAAAAUGAUCUUGACACUGUUGGAGCAGGGAUAUGUCAUAAAAUUUUGCAAAAUAUCAUAGACACUAAUAAAGCAACAACUACUUCUUAUAGAUCAAUUAUCAAAACUGGUUAUACUGUUAAAGAUAAACCUUAUACUCAUCCAGCUUAUUUACUUAAAGAUUUGCCAGGUCAAAUUUGA